CCUGGACGCUGCUCUGGCAUUGACCAUCUUCACCUUUACACUUGUUGCGAGACACAUACAUAUUAAACCUCCUCCUCCCCUCCAAAUCUGCCCGUCAUGUCAACUGCCGCUCAAGAAGAGUUUAACGACCUGGUCGCCAAGAACACAUAUCGCGAAACCCUCCACCCUGAGGACCGUGACGACCCCGAUCUCAAGAACCACCAAGAUCUUUCCGAAGAAGACGUUUUCCGUAACGCCCAGAUCGAUAACGCAAUGCGCAUGCCUACUGUCGAUCGCCUCACCGGCGCUGGCGCCUCUGAGAUCAAGCUCCCUCCUGUCUCUUUCGACAGCGGCCGCGCUACUGGCGUCAAGGGAGUCAUUGCCGAUGCGCGAAACUACGAGGCUGCCCGCAAGAACAAGUGGCGACACCGAGUCCGCACUGCCCGCAACAGCAUCUUCGGCAUUGAAGCUCCUACUCCUGUGAAGAGCGAUACCGAGAGCAGCGAUGACGAUGCGAAGAGCGCAAGUGAUGCCGACGAGGAGGCUUUCCUUGCUGAGUGGCGCGAGAGCCGACGACGUGAGCUUGAGAGCGAGGCCAGCCGAUCUGUCAGAAAUCGACGAACAAGUCCCAGUGUACGCAUCUAUGGCCGACUAGAUGAGGUCGAUGCCCUCGGAUACCUCGACGCCAUUGAGAAGGUUGGAAGGGAAACCACUGUUGUCGUGUUUGUGUAUGAUCAUGAGUGUGAGGUCUCCGCUACUAUCGAGUCAGCACUCAUGCCUAUUGUCAAGACCAACCCCGAGGUUCACUUCGUCAAGGUCCACUAUGAAGAGAUCGAAUUUGAUAACGCUGCUGUGCCCGCUAUGCUCGGAUAUCGAAACCAAGGUGACCUGUUCGCCAACUUGACAGGCCUGAUCGAGAUGAUCCCUGACGAUGAGACCUUUGGCACCUCAUCGUUAAAGGAACUACUACAAAAACACACUAUUCUAUAAUGUGCUGGGUCAUAUCAUCUUUAUUAUACCUUUACCACCUUAAUGCGGCCACGUCUACGACACACAAUCAUUAUAUUAUUCCCAUGGACAUAACUCCAAGUUGAUGUCUUUGAUUACGAUACCCAAC